UCGAGCUUUUUUACAAUGUGAAAAUUAUACCAUCAAUUCUCUUUAAAUAUUGUAGCUAGCAAGUUACACAUACCAUCAAUUGUUGCUAGACAAGUCCAUCCACUUGAGCAUAUACAUAAUUCAUUGCUAGCCCUUCCUUGAAUCCUUUAUCCAUCACUAUAUUGUUUCUUUUGCAGCUUUUAGAUUUCAGUAAUUAGAUGUCUUGCAAAACUAGAAGAGUUGGUGCAGUUUCUCUGUGCAUAUUUAUCUUUUCAUUUUUGGCCACUUUUACUGCAACUAUCAGUACAGAAACUGAUAUUGCUUGCUUAAAAUCUGUCAAAGCUUCCUUAGAAGACCCUUUUGGUUACUUGAAUUCUUCCUGGAAUUUCAACAACAAUAUAGAAGGUUUUAUUUGUAGGUUUGCUGGUGUGGAUUGCGGGCCUGAUGAUGAAAACAAGGUUUUAAGUCUCAGCCUCUAUGAUAUGGGACUUAAAGGUCGGUUCCCUAGAGGGCUUCAAAAUUGUACAAGCUUAACAGUCCUAGACUUAACCAAUAACGAGCUUUAUGGACAAAUUCCAUUUGAUAUUCAAAAACUACUACCGUCUGUUACAUUGCUUGAUUUAUCCUCCAAUAAAUUCUCUGGUGAAAUCCCAUUGAGCAUUGCUAAUUGCUCUAAUUUAACUGUUCUUAGACUUGACAACAACAGUUUAACCGGUCAUAUUCCACAAGGAAUUGGUUUGCUUAGUCGGCUCAAGUGGUUUAGUGUUGCUAAUAAUUUGUUAUCAGGAGCAGUACCCAAUUUUAAUUCUACAUAUAUUGGAUCCUACGCAAAUAACAGUGGACUCUGUGGAAGGCCUUUGGAAAGAUGCAGAGUUCAUUCGGAGAAAUUCCACUGGCGAUUUGUUUAUUCAUUCAAAGAUGGGUUUGCUAUUGGAUACGCAGUUUCUUUGAUUUCUGCUAUGGUAAUUUAUGCUUCUUAUUGCGUACCUUGGGUGCAUGCGGGGACAAAGGAUGAGAGGAUCACAAUAACAACAAUGGUGAUGAUGAUGAUGAAGAGAAAAAGCAAGAAAACAGAGCUUGACCAUUUGGAGAGCUCGUCAACUCUGGAGUUUCUACUGGAGAAUGAGGUUUCUAUGCUGGAGAAUUUUGUUACAAGAAUGAGUUUUGAAGAGCUCAGCAACGCAACAGAAAAUUUUAGCCAAAAUAACAUAAUCGAAAAUGGAGAAACGGGGAUUAUGUAUAAAGCAACACUUCCUAAUGGUUGGUUUCUUGCAGUCAAGAAAAUCUAUAAUUCUCAACAAUCUGAAGAGCAUUUCAUAUCUGAAUUGAAGAUAUUAGGAAGAUUAAGACAUGACCACUUACUUCCACUCCUCGGAUUCUGCAAAGAAUCAAAUAAAAAGCUUCUGGUGUAUAAGUACUUAUCAAAUGGAAACCUUUUUGAUUGGUUACAUUCAACGGAAGACAAAAGAAAGACUCUGCAAUGGCCUUUGAGAAUGAAAAUCGCUGUUGGUUUAGCGAGAGGCUUAGCGUGGCUUCACCAUUGCUGCUACUUCCGUGUAGCUCAUUUGAACAUAAACUCAAAAUGUGUUUUGCUUGAUCGGAAUUUUAAGCCUAAGCUAUCAAACUUCGGAAGGGCGACACUUGUCAAUCCAAAUGAGAUAAACUCAAACAGGGGUUUUGUUAUGGAUGACAGCGGGGUUUUGUUAUGA